CACCCUUCUGCUUGCCUGCUCUUGUCCCGUCCCCGCUGCGCGUGUGCACAACAUAUUCACCCAAACACAAAGCACAGGCAAACACACAGCCACGCGCAGUCACACGCACCCACGCACCCACGCACCCACGCCUCUUUGUCCCUCGCCACACCUCUUGUCACAGGGCCGUUCGCCCAUUCCGCCACUUCUCCCCCUCCGCCACCCUGCCCAGCAUGCCACAGGACCCCGAGUUGGAUGCGCACUUCGUGGAUUGCGUGCCCACCGGGCCAGAUGGCCCAUCGCCCCUGAGUCCAGUCAGCGGGCCCAGCACACGCGAUCUCCUUCAGUCCAUCCUCUCCGGCGAGUGGCUGAUCCCGGGCGAGGGGCACCCGGUGGACCGGCCCGAGGCCAAUGUUCUGCUCCUGGACCGACUGCUGGAAGGGGACGCCGCCACAGCCAGCACAGCCGGCUCUCGCGACCUCGCCCGGCCCCACGACCUCUCUGACAAUGAUCUCCAGUAUAUGCGGCAAAUUUUGUCACGGAAUCUGGACCACCUCCGAGCCGAAGCACUCGCGCGCAGCGAGGAGGCGUCACAUGUGGAGCAACGCCUGGUAGCCCUCCUGGCCGAGCCGAUGGGGCAACCAGCGUCCGGGCCCCCGGUAGCCGGCAGCCCCGGCCCUGGGCCUUCGCCCGCCGAUGCGCCUGGGCCGCUGCAAAAUCUCGUCAAUGCAGCUUCAGCGUAUGACGGCAUUCGCCGGGAGAUGCUCGGAGUCCAGCAGACGAUUCACGAUUUCGCCCGGUCGGCCGGCGAUCGGCAGUCCUACCUGGCUCGGAUGGGCCAACUUCUCCGGAUGGCCAGUGAUCAGCAGGACAGUUUGCGCCUGGCCACCCGACAGUCCAGCGCCGACGCCGAUCAGUUUGCCCUGCCGGAGAGCGUUCGCCUACUCCCGGAACUGGUUCGCCAGGCCCGCACCGAGUCCGGGCGUCUGGCUAAGCUUUCGCUCUUUUCCGCGGGCGGGCCACAGCCGCUGGACUUCGCGGCCGACACCCUCACUCGGACUCCGGUGUCCGACGUUCAGCACAGGAUUUACGAGCUGGACGAUGCGGCCCUUCGGGCCAUUCGCACAGCGGCCCAGCUGGCCGAGCGGUUCCCCGCCAGUGCACUGGCACAGCGGACUCAUGCGGAGACCGCCAAUGAGGCGGCCCUCCUUGCGCUCGAUGUCCUCCGGCGCCUGGAUUCGUCGCGCAUGCCCGGGCUUGUUCGGCUGCCCGAAUACUACCGGUCGGCUGGGACGCCUGUGACGGUGGCCGCCGCCACCGGCCACGGCGGUGGCGAUCUCCCGCCCUCGGCCGAUGCGUGCCUUCUCGGGCAUGCACGCUGCCCAUCGGCCAUCUUCCGACUGGCCCUGCCAGCCAACCUGAAUGUCCGGACCAUCGGCGCAGGGUUUGACCUGGUUCCGGCAUCCGAGUGGCCGUGCCAUUGUGCCACGCACCUGCCCGCGCGCCCGGGCGCCUCGGCGUCCGGCGCGCCAGCCCCGGCCCCCGAUCCGGAGGACAUCUACGCGUCACUCCUGCGGCUGGCCUACACAUCGAUGGACCAGCCAAGCGCCGGACCUGGCGCCGGUCGAGUGGCCGGGACCGAUGCACCUUGGCCCGGCAUCUCGCCUCUGGGCCACUUGGCCAGCGUGGCUUCGGCCGCGCAGUUGACCUCCUCCAUCCGGUCGGUGGAAAUCCUCCGCGGCCUGGGCCUGCCGGCCGCCGGGGCCUCGCUGCGCCUGGCCUUCCUGCGGGCCCGGUCGUCGGCUUUCAUCGAGAUACUCGGGCGCCUGUCCAUUUCGGCCUCCCUGCGGGCACACCUUCGUCAGGACCAAACCGAGACGAUCAAGAAGAUCUUCGAGGUCUUCCGUGAAAUGCUUCAAACCGUCACCUCCCAAUACUCGGCUGUCUUCUUCCACGAGGAGGAUCACCCGACCAAGACAGAGGACGGGCCGCCCACCGGUCUGACUCUGUCGAAGCAAUUGGCCAACCAGUCGGUCCUGUCCACCUGGACAGCCAAUGUCUUUGAUGAGCUGGCAAACAUGUUGUCCAGUUACAUCUCCAACACCACCCUGUCGGGGUCGACAUUGAGUUCGCUCUUCCACCAGACCACCGAGCUGGGCUGCUAUGCUGGCCAGCGUCUCGGUUUCGACUCGCGCUUCAUGCUCACUGGGCCCUUCCAUGUGGCAUUUGCCGCGUCGGCGGAUCUCAUGCUGUCGCGCAUUGUCGCGGCAUUUGACACCGCGGUACAGACCUCCAAUCGAGGGCUUCUCCUGCACCCGCUUCCGGCGGCGGAGAUGCAACAACUUUUGGCCGAGCCGUCGGCCUUCGUGGCUGCCCGGGCCGGGCCGGCUACCCGGCUCCGCCCACCGGGCUUCCUGGUGUCCCUGCCGCCAAUGGGGAUGUUGGUCAAUUCGAUUGUCACCUGCCUGAACGAGCACCGCUCCUACCCCUGGGCCAUGAUCGGACCCAACACCCGGGGGAUCCUAGAUGCAUAUUGGGCCAUGCUCCGUCGGUGUUUGGCCCUGCUGGUGACAGCCGCGCCCGUGGCCGUGGGUGACAGCGACAUGGCGCAUAUCACGCGCGGCUCACGGCCCGCGGCCUCCUCCGCCACCUCCUCUCCUGGGGCCUCCUCCUCGGACACCCUGCACCCGAGCGCCAGCACCGAUGCCGGGCUCGCUGGCACGGGGCCCGAUCCCACGCUUGCCGGCACCGGGGACACCGCCCCGAGCAGCUCGCAUCCGUCGCCCGGGCUGCCGCAAUCGAAGCCCUCUCAUACGGCCGAUGCCCUUCCGCUGGUCGGCACGUCGCUCGUCCUGUCCCUGCGAACUCGAUGGACGGGCCUGGUUGGGGCCUUCUGGAAUCACUUGGUCCCCUUCGUGGUGCUGGCCACCCUGCAAACGUACGGCCUCCUGGCCGUACCGGCCGAGCGGCCCCCAGGCGAUGAUUCGGACAUCACCCCGGCCGCCACGGCCAACGCAGGGGAUCUUCCCUUGGACCCAGGGAGCUUUGUGGAUCUGCUGCUCAGCGGAUCGGGCCUCGCCGCCAGUGCCAGGGCUCCCAGCCUGGUCCUCAAGGUCGCCGACGACCUGCGAGCCAUGUUCGCCGAGGCCGAGGCCAUCCUCCUGGCCCCGGGGCCCUGAGGCCGCAAUAAAUAGAGACCGCCCUGGCCUUGCUCUUGUC